CAGCGAACCGUGCUCAGUCGGUCUCGGUGUGUACGCGUCUGCAGUCGUGACUCGCAGCGCAACGGUUCCCUCGACGGUUUUCAGUGCGAUUGUGUGAUAUUCAGGGGUGGUCACUUCCUUCAGUUCGUUCAGUGAGUGCGCUGUUACGUGUGUUACGCCUAGGUGAAGAAGUCUCGGAAGAAGUGCAGCACUCAAGGACGAGUGCCGGAAGAGCUAGGAAUGCGGAUCCCCGUAGCUGUAGUGUUCCUCAGUGUGGUCGCGCUAAGCGCUGCACAAAACAAGGAAGAAAAAGAAUUCAAAUGCCCCGAAGGCUUCGGAAAUGGAAACUUUGCCGACCCCAGCACCUGCCGGAGGUUUUAUCAGUGCGUAGAUGGUUUCCCGUACAUUAACCGGUGUCCAUCCGGGCUGUUCUUUGACGAUGUGCAAAAGUUCUGCACUUUCAAGAACGAGGCCAAGUGUGGUCCACUGGCAAACCAGCCGGCCGCGACCACGGAGGCGCCAGUGGAUCUGGCGAAGAAGUGCAAUCCCGCCGAGUGCGACCUGCCGUACUGCUUCUGCAACAAGGACGGCACCCAGAUCCCGAAGGGACUCAAUGCUGACGAGAUUCCACAAAUCAUUUUGCUGACCUUUGACGGGGCGGUCAAUUUGAACAACUACGAACACUACAAAAAGGUCUUCAACGGCAAGCGGCAGAACCCUAAUGGAUGCGACAUCAAGGGAACGUUCUUCAUUUCGCACGAGUACAGUAACUACCAGCAAAUCCAGACGCUGGCCAACGCUGGGCACGAGAUUGCACUGGAAACGAUCUCGCUGCAGAUGGGACUGCAGGACAAGGGCUACGAGGAAUGGGUCGGCGAAAUGAUUGGUAUGCGAUCGAUCCUGAAGCACUUCUCCAAUGUGUCGUCCAAUGAGAUCAACGGAAUGCGCGCUCCCUUCCUGAAGCCCGGAAGAAAUACUCAGUACAAGGUCAUCGAAGACUUCGGGUUCAUCUAUGACAGUUCCAUCAGCGUUCCACCAAGCCCGAUCCCAAUGUGGCCGUACACCCUGGACUACAAGAUUCCACAUCAGUGCAAGAGCGGGACCUGCCCGACCAAGUCGUUCCCAGGUAUUUGGGAAGUUCCGUUGAACGCCCAUUACGUCGAGAGCUACGAGGGCGGUCACUGCCCCUACAUGGAUCAGUGUGUGCUGCAUAAUCACGACGCCGAUGAUGUGUUUGCCUGGUUGCAGGAGGACUUCGAAAGGUAUUACUACCAGAAUAAGGCUCCAUACAUGAUGCCCUUCCAUACCAACUGGUUCCAGAUUCGAGAGCUGGAGCAAGGUCUCCACAAGUUCCUCGAUUGGACGCAAACUCUUCCCGACGUGUGGUUCGUGACGGUAACGCAGGCCCUCACCUGGAUCACCGACCCGAAAACGCUGAACCAACUGAACAACUAUGAACCGUGGAACUGCAAGUCCAGAACCACCCAGACGCCGAAGCCGUGCAACAUCUCCAACAAAUGCGCUCUGGCCUUCAAGGAACCGACCUCGAACAUCAGCGACACCCGGUACAUGGAGACGUGCUUCGACUGCCCGGCCGUCUACCCCUGGCUGGGAGAUUCCCACGGAACGGGCAUUCCCGGACGGGACAACUACAUUGACCAGAGCGGAGCGGGCGGUGGCGGCGACGAAAAGGACGCAGGCGCGGAGGACGAAAACUAGAGGUCUGACCCGUUGUGAUGUGUCCCCGCUAGGGGGGACACGCACUACUUUUAGAGUAUUUUAACUUUAUUGAAAGAAAAGACAAAAACAAACUUUAACUGAGCGAGUGGGCGCUCCACGUGGGAGCCAAAUUAUACGAUAUGUAUUCUCUCGAUCGCAGGGAAGAAAUAUUCUAA